AUGGGGGGAAAGAAACAAACGCAGGAUCGUCGUUUUCGUGUUCUAAUGUUGCCAUGGUUAGCUCAUGGCCACCUCGUCCCUUACCUGGAACUGGCCAAUGAGCUCCACCACCGCAACUUCGACAUCCAUUUUUGUUCCACUCCCGUACUCCUCUCUUCUGUUAAAACCUCUUCUUCCUUUCACUAUGACAAAAUCCACACGGUGGAAAUCAAUCUCCCCGGCGGCGAUUUCCCGGAGCUUCUUAAUCCGAGCCGCCACACCACAAAAGAUCUCCCUCGCCACCUCAUUCUCACUCUCUGCAAGGCAUUCAGAAUGGCCAGCCCAAGCUUCUGCCACAUCCUCGACCAAAUCAAACCCGACUUGCUCAUCUACGAUAUCUUCCAGCCCUGGGCGACGGAGGCCGCCGCAUCGCGGAAAAUCCCCGCCGUCUGCUACGGCAUCACCGGGGCAGCCUCCAUGGCCUUCGCUCACUACUUGCUGCGCCACCGGACAACGAGCGGCUUCCCGUUUUCGGAGAUCUGCAUGAGGCCACACGAGCUCAAGAAUCUGAGGAAAAACUACAAAAACGUCGACCUGGACGAAAGAAUCGCCAUCCUAAGGGCCAUGGAGCUGUCCACUAAAGUCUUGUUGCUCAACACUAGCAGGGAAAUAGAGGGGAAGUACAUUGACCACCUCUCCGCCGUGCUCGGCAAAACCACCGUACCCAUAGGCUCGCUCAUUCGAGUACAGGAAAAGGAGAAGGAGAAGGAGAAGGAUGUUGAGAUGAUGAAAUGGCUAGACGGAAAACAAAAACACUCAACGCUAUACCUUUCAUUUGGGAGCGAGUACUACUUGAGUAGGGAGGAGAUUCAAGAAAUAGCCAAAGGACUAGAGCUUAUUAGCAGCGCCAAUUUUAUAUGGGUAAUUAGGUUUCCGGCGGGGGAGGAGACUCCCCUGGAGGAGGCACUGCCAAAUGGGUUUUUGGAGAGAGUGAAGGGGAGAGGGAUAAUAGUUGAAAAAUGGGCACCUCAGACCAAAAUUCUUGGGCACCCAAGUAUUGGUGGGUUUGUGAUGCAGUGUGGAUGGAACUCUUUUCUGGAAAGCAUACACUUUGGAGUUCCGAUAAUAGCUAUUCCCAUGCACUCGGAGCAGUUUGUGAGCGCCAGGAUGGCGGUGGAGCUGGGCAUCGCCACGGAGGUGAUGAGGGAUGAUGAUGGCCGGCUUUACGGAGAAGAUAUAGCCAAAGCGGUAAAGAGCGUGGUGGAGGACAAGAGCGGGGAAGAGAUGAGAGGUAAAGUGAGGGAAGUGAAUGCGCAGAUGAAAAUGAAGGGAAAACAAGGGAUAGACAACACAGCGGCGCUGCUGUCGGAGCUUUGCCUGUCUAACAACUUAUAA